GUGUUCUGUGAUUGUUCGAAGAGGUUAUAACAGUUAUGAUCAAUGUUGAAAACAUUCUCAGAGAUUUUAUUUUUCCCAAGGAAAUAUUGUUAUAAUUUUAGUUCUAAUUUUGUUAAUAAACAAUUUCAAUCAUCAACAUCUGCGAUAAUGCAUCAAGAAGUCAAUGAAAAAAAAGCAAAAUAUGAUGGUAGAUCCAAAAAGAGGCAAUGGCAAGACAGGAGAUCAGAUUUCAGACAGUCUAAAAUCAGUAAAACUGACGAAAAUUGCGAAACAAAAUCUGAGCCAUUCGAAAGAAUCAAACGGAGAAAAUACGCCUUGCUCCUAGGAUAUUGUGGAGUUGGUUAUUUCGGCAUGCAAAGGAACCCAACUAUGCGAACCAUUGAAGAGGAUUUGUUUAAUGCUCUAUUCAAAACUAACCAUAUUAAUCAAGAAUGUUUUGAUGUUGUCCAAAAUAUGCAAUUUCAAAGAGCUGCUAGAACAGACAAGGGGGUAUCGGCAGUAAGACAAGUUGUUUCCUUGAAAUUACCUGAACAAGUGGACAUUGAAAGUAUAAAUAAGGAGUUACCUGAAGUUAUCAGAGUAUUUGGCUUAAAAAAGGUAACUAAAGGUUUUAACUCCAAAACAAAUUGCGAUAGUAGAACCUACAGUUAUACUCUACCAACAGUAGCAUUUGCUGACAAGGAUGCAAGUGUAGAACAAUAUGGUUUCAGAUUAAAUGAUGAAACCUAUGAUAGGGUGAAUAGGUUAUUGAGUAUGUAUGUGGGUACUAAAAAUUAUCACAAUUUUACAUCCAAAAAACAUCAUCAGGAUCCAAGUGCAAAUAGGUAUAUUAAAUCAUUCAUUUGUGAAAGGCCUUUUGUUAGGAAUGAUGUUGAAUUUGCUGUUUUGAAAGUCCAAGGUCAGAGUUUCAUGCUUCACCAAAUAAGAAAAAUGGUAGCUUUGGUACUGGCUGUUGUCAGAAAUCAUACUAAUGAAGCAACAAUUCUUCAUGCCUUGACAAAUGAAAAAGUCAAUGUUCCUAGAGCACCAGGACUUGGGCUUCUUCUUGAAUUUGUACAUUACGAUAGAUACAAUUUCAGAUAUGGAGAGGAUGGAAUACACGAAAAAUUAGAUUGGGCAGAAUGUGAAAAUGAGGUGGAAGCAUUCAAAAAUAAAUAUAUAUUGCCUGUCAUCACAGAGACUGAAAUUGCGGAAAAGGAAAUGGUCAAAUGGUUGAGUAAACUUAGAGGACAUAGAUAUGAUAUUUUUGAUGAAAAGGAUGAUGCUGAGGAUGAAGAAAAUGCUGAGAAUGCAAAUACAGAAGAUGAUAAGGGUGAAUCUAGGAAUGAUAAAGAAAACGAACAAAUUGUAGAAGAUGAAAAAGACAACAAGGAUGAAAUGAAAGUAGAAAGUGAUAAAACUAUUCUGAAUACUGAAAGUAUCAGUUGAUGUAACCUUCUGAAAUAAAAGUAUUUGAUUUCUA